AUGGUGUUGACAUCGAGCGUCCCACUUGUCGCGUUCUCGAUGUUGCUUGCGCUGAUGGAUUUGGUAGAAGCUGCUUCCUAUGAUAUGGUGAAAGAAUACUCUGGGAAGACAUUUUUCGAUGAAUGGACUUUUUAUAAUCAUUUCGAUAACCUGACAAAUGGGAAUGUACAGUACCUGUCGGCGUCUGACGCGUUCAAAUCAAAGCUGGCUUUUGUCGAUCCUACAACAAAUCACGCUAUCAUGAAGGUCGAUAACACCUCCAACGUCGAGUUUAACAGCAACAGAAACAGUGUGCGGCUGCAGACGGAUGUCAAGUACAGUGUAGGAAGCGUGUGGAUAGUGGACAUGCUACACGUUCCUUUCGGUUGCGCCGUUUGGCCUGCAUGGUGGUCAGUUGCCGACACGCGCGAAGGAGGAGAAAUAGACACAUUCGAAGGUGUGAACCUAGCUAGUCACAGUAUAAUGGGUCUGCACACUCUUCCUGGAUGCACGCAAGUCGGCCAAAAUCAAUCCUCGACCAUCGUAAACUCGACGGACUGCUCCUUCCUCGCCAACGAUAAUCAGGGGUGCAUUUCAACUGUCAAAAGUACUCAAUCGUACGGAUCAGAGUUCGCCAAAGCAGGAGGGGGAGUGUUCGGGACCGAAUUUGCGGAAUCUGGAAUUUCGAUAUGGUUCUUCCCUCGCGCUGAAGUCCCCGACGUUCUUUCUUCGAAUUCGAGUUCCAUCGAUACGUCAUCUUUUGGACAGCCAGUCGGGAACUGGCCAUCGACACAAUGCAACUCGAGCGAAUUUUUUCAGCCGCAGCAUCUUAUUUUCGUGAUUACGCUGUGUGGAGAUCUCGCAGGCAGGCCUGAGAUAUUCUCGCAGACAUGUCCAGGGGUGUGCUACAACGACCAUGUCCUUGGGGACGGCUCCAAUUUUGCGGAUGCUUAUUUCGAGGUGGCGUCUGUCCGCGUGUUCAGCAAGGAAGGGACGAGUACCGUCGUUGGGGUACCCAAAACGUCUAGCACUCGUAGGAUUGUCUCGAUAUCAAGAUGGGGAGGGUUAGUUGUUGCCGCCAUUGGAUUAACUUUGAUCAGCACCUUUUCUUCGGUAUUCCUAUAG